UUCUCCUUCUUAUUCUACCAUCAUCACCAGUAGCAGCCAUGGCUAUCGCUCCCAUUACCGGAAUGCUCAGAAAGAGAUUUAUCGUUGACCUUACCUGCUCCCUGAGUCUUGCAACUGCUGGCGCUUACACUUUCUGGUAUGGCUACCACUUGAAAGCGGUGGAGAACCAGGAGAACUUCUACCUCCAACUGGAGAAGGCCAAAUUGGCGAACCGUCAGUAGGAGAGAGGGGAGAUGGGACCGUGCGCCUAGACCUUUGUCCAGAACAAAUCCAAGAAUUAAUCGGAAUUAUGCAUUUUCCCUCUCUUGUGUUCAGU